AAUUUAUUAACAUUUGUUAGCAGUAUCACAGAGAAUGUAACUGCAAGAUGAUUGUGCUAGUAGCAGAGGGCAGAUAACAAUAUGACUAACACUAAAGUAGCUGAAGGUGAUCAGAUACCUAGAAAACAAGUUGGAAAAGGUAGAAAGUUACACAGACUCUCUAUAGAUACUUAUCCAGGCAGAUCUCUUAUACAGCUGAAUAGGGAGUCAAGAGCAGAUGAGUGGGUCCAACUACCUCCAUCCCAUAUCAGGCACACCUGGAUCAGUGGUCCCAAGUUCCCCAAAUUAGAUGAGUGUACACAUUUCCACUACGACAGGGUAACACUACCAGACGACUUUACAGUUAGUUUGAGGACUGAACACGGGGAUCAUGAACUGCAGCUUAGUGGUGAAACCACCAUCACUGUAUUUUACAUACAUGUGACAUGUAACAAGACUUCGUGGACCAUUACCAGACGAUAUAGUGACGCUGUAACGUUUGACAUUCAACUUCACAGGUGUAUAUUUGACCGGAGAUAUAGUAUGCUGCCGACUCUCUCCAAAGAGAACGAUAUACCAGGACCACACAAGGAUGCGUUCGAGCAAUUGUCGUAUUAUUUCGAGCGUUUCACAAAGCUUGUAAGAGAGGCAAUCCAUCUCAAGUGCGGCAGUAUUCUCAAUUGGUUGGAGAUGGAUAACCGAGGACACCAUUUUCUGUGGCACGUGAACUCAGCAAUCAACGUUCCUGCCAUCGCUGUUGCUACCGUUACCAGAAACUACGUGAAACGUGAGGACGACGAGCUUGAACUUAGGGUUGGAGAUCUAGUAUCGAUAAUAGAUAUGCCUAACGCCAAGGAGUCUCCGUGGUGGCGUGGAAAACACUCAAAUAAGGUCGGGUUUUUCCCUUCAUCCUGUGUAGAGGUUAUUCCGGGCUCCAUCCACGACAACAACGUACGCAAACCACCUACCAGAGUCAACAUAAAGACAUGUGAUGUUGUUACUGACGGUACCCCCGACCCGGCCACCGGUCCGGAACAGGGAAUAAAGAAGAAGAAAAGACUGAAGAGCAGACUAGCUGUGCUGUUUGCUAGUAGACCUGACAGAGAUGCUCUCAGGCAAAAAGGAAUCCUGAGAGGCCGAGUAUUCGGAGCGCACCUCUCAGAGCACCUCUUUGACACGGACAUGAGCGUACCUCUGAUAGUACAAGUGUGCUGCAGUACAGUUGAGGAGUAUGGUGUCGUGGAGGGAGUGUACAGGAAACCUGGUAUAGUCUCCAAUGUUCAGCGCCUCAGACAAGAAUUUGACCACGACAACCCGCCGACCCGUAUACAGGAUGAGCGUUACAUCUUCGACAUCCACUGCGUAGCCUCACUCUGUAAGAUGUACUUCAGAGAGCUCCCAGAUCCACUUCUCACUUUCCAACUUUACGAUCACUUCGCUGAAGCUGUGUCGUUCCCGACAGUAGAGAUGAAGUUACAAGCAACGAGAAGAGUUGUGCAGCAACUACCUCCUUUCCACUACAGUACCUUAGCAUUCCUUGCCCGACAUCUCAGUACUCUGGCUGCUCAGUCCAGUAUACAUGGCAUGCACUCCCGGAACUUGGCUCUCGUGUGGGCACCUAAUCUACUCAAGCCUCAAACAAGUGACUCUGACGCGAGCGCGUUCACGGAGAUAAAGAUCCAGAGUGUGGUCCUACAGUUCCUGAUAGACCACGCUAAGCUGAUAUUCGCUGACGAGGAGCCCCAGGGGACCCCCAGCUCGGUUAGGUUCAGUGUGGGGAGUCAGAUAACAACCGGAAGUUGUACUUCCCCAGCCGAUAACAUGUCUCAGACUUCCUCUGUUCAGCUGGUUCACUUUGCAGGGAUUAGAGCUCAGAGGAGAAACGUUAAUAGGCUCAGUUUCCAUGACAGCGCGGCUGGCACAGAAACUCCAGAUAAGGAAGCAGAAGCAGGUGUGGUGAGAAGUAGGACUACAUCAGAUCUAACUCACGUGACCACUUCAACCACUGCCAACAAAUACCAGUAUCUCAUGAAGAUCCCACUAAUGGAGUUGGCAGAAGCGCAGCGCGCGCACGCAGUAAGCGAGGUAGACGUGCGCACUGCAACAGGAGACCCUGCUCACAAACCAGCGGGUUUGUUCCGGAGGAGGGAUAACAAGAAGAAGAAGGUUAACGGCACUGUCCGGUACUCCCAGGAGUUCAGACCUACUUCCUCACAUUGGGCCAGGAGUAUCCUCAACAAGUUCUCAAUCAAACGUUCCGCAAGCUACAGUCACCGUCCAGUGAUCUCGGGUCCUUGUGGUUUUGUUUCAGACCCCUACUCCACAGUUCUGAACGAUGCUCAGAGUCUGAUACCCGGGGUCGGGUUGGAGAGGACGGAGGCAGAACAUAACAGUGUCAGCAGCAAACUCAGUAGUUUUAAUGGCAGUGGGAACAACGUGUUGUUGCUAGGAAAUGUGACGAAAACAGACGCCAAUUCAGCUGUUGAUAAGUCAGAUUUUGUUAGUGAGUGGUGUAACGACACAAUAAAACAGUUCCUUGACGGCAAACCCCUCGCUUCUAUACAGCCUACCAAUGUCACGGAUAGAGCGUCAAUAGAUCUGGACACAGUAGGGGAGGUUAUAUCCAGCAACAAGAGAAGUUCCCAAUGUUGCACGGGUGAGGACUCCCCCGUAACCAUGAUAAAAACCCAACCUUCACCCCCUGCGAGGUGUGACUUAAGAAGAAGCAGAUCUCUUCCUCAUAAAAGAAGAAACAAGCGAAAUGAAGAUAUUGCUUACGCUCUAAGAGAGUUACAAACCGUGCAUUCAGGAGAAAAGAAUACGGAACAAGUUCGUCAAAAGUUUAACGCAAUAUUAGGGUACUCAACAAACUGGCAAAAUGAUCAGAACUCCAGCUCCAAGCGGUCUAGUGUGGAUCUAGAGGAUGAGCUGAACGAGGCCCGGCCUGCUAAACUCCCCCGCCCCCUGUCCUGUCCUUCUUAUGGAGCUGAAAACGUGACCCCUCUUAUCAGGAAAUCCCGGUCAUUCAGAAACUCCUCCGCUAACGUUCUCCUGAUCCAACAGCAGCGGUGCUCAUUGACUCUUAACACAAACUCUAACAAGUCACCUCAUCUCAUUGUUUGAUGUUUUAUAUUGUAUUAAGUUCCGAGUCCCUCUGAGGAUUCGGAGGGAUUGUGAAUUUUUGGUACUGUGUGCAACAUAGCAUUCCGGGUUUAAAUUCGACAUUGUUAACAUUUUUAGCAUCGUAAACAUUGUAAAGAUUUUAGUAUUAGGCUGUUGUAACCCGGGUUUUACCUGUAGGAGAUAUUAGCAAUUUUAGUUGAACCAAUUCAUCGUUUUUUAACGGACAGGUUUCAUUUCCCCCUUGAACCAUUUUUAUAUUGAUUCCUGUUUUGAAUAAUCAUUAAUCAUGAUGACAUAUUUCGAACCACAUCUUUUUCACGGAUACAGAGUUUGUAGGGUAAUCCAUGUGGUUCAAGAUUGAAUCGGAUGUUGUAACUAGAAUAUGAACAAUAGCCUCGGCGAUUUUCCUGCUUAGAUAUCCCUGAUUUCCUAAGUUAUUGGCAAGAGCGCUAAGGAUUCAAUCCAAUGGUUUUAGGCAUGCCUACUCCUAGAUUAUCCCUGUGAUUUUUCCACAAAUAGGGUACUGGCUCCUGCCUCCUGCACUAUUGGCAGACUUUGAUUGUUUUAGAAACUGUAAAGAAUGUCAUUGAUUUCUAAAUUGUCUAUCAUAUCUUCCGUUACCAUGGUUACGCACAACAGAUGUAAGUUUUUAAACGAAUUUCAUGUCUCAUUAUGUUGCCGACAUAUUUAUUUAUUAUUGAUAGGACCAUAUCCACAUAGAAUGGUUUUUACUGAAAGUUCACCUUUGUGUUGGUUUUUCACUCAACACCGGAUCUGUUAUAUUUUAAAUCAUGUGUGAGUUUUUUUGUAAUAUUUUCGAAUCAAUUUUCCGGCAAUCAUUUCAGGCGCGAAUUUCUUUAAAAUACGUGAUUUAUAUAAUAUACACUGUCUUUAAAUUCAAAACUUAAUAAUAUGAGAAUAAGUUGCUUACUAAACCGAAUAAUGCGAUUCUGUCAAUAGUUGUAACUUGAUUAAAUAGGCUAUUAAGUGAAUAUUAAAACAUAUUGUAUUGUAAAUUCUUACUGAGAUAAUUUUGAUUAAUUCUUUUUA